AGCUGUUGGCUCAAGGCGGACAGGCGCUUGUCCCGCUGAGAGGCCUGAGGCCAUGUCGGUGAAGUCAAUCCGAGAGCACGAAGGGAAGGCUCUCCUGAAGCGAUGGCUGCCGGAGUAUUCCAACAAUGCCUUUGGCUUGGACAACGCUGGGUGUAUGGUGACACCGGGGGUGCUGGACAGCAGCAAAGGCGAUGAUUGGAGCGCCAUCUUGGAGAAGAAUCCGUGGCUGAAGACGUCGAAGCUGGUGGCGAAGCCGGAUCAGAUGAUCGGGGGUCGAGGGAAAGCCGGGCUCAUCGCAGUGAACAAAUCCUUCGAGGAGAUCAAGGCCUGGAUCAUGGCGCGGAUCUGCAAGGACUCCACGGUGGCGGGGAUCACGGGGCAGCUGACCCACUUCCUCAUCGAGCCCUUCGUGCCGCACGAGCAGAGCGAGGAGUUCUACGUGUGCAUGCAGUCUCACAGGUACAAGGACGAGAUCUUCUUCUACCACGAGGGGGGGGUGGACGUGGGGGACGUGGACUCCAAGGCCUCCAAGCUGGCGGUGCCCACGGGCGCGGAGCUGUCGGAGCCGCUGAUCCGGGUGGAGCUGCUGGACAAGGUGGAUCCCAAAAAGCAAGAGACCCUGGCCAGCUUCAUCAGGGCUUUGUACACCUUCUACAAGGACUUGCACUUUGCGUAUUUGGAGAUCAACCCCAUCGCGAUGCUCGCUGACAACAAGAUCGUGCCGUUGGACCUUGUCGCAAAGAUCGAUGAGACAGCGUCCUUUUUGUGCGCUCCGAAGUGGGGUGAGCUCGAUUGGCCAUCCCCCUUCGGCCGAGCUGCCUACCCGGAGGAGGCCCUGAUCCGGGACUUGGACGGGAAGACCGGGGCAUCGUUGAAGCUCACCAUCCUCAACGACAAGGGCCGAGUGUGGACCAUGGUGGCCGGUGGCGGGGCCUCGGUGGUGUACUCCGACACCGUGGCGGACUACGGUUGGGGAGCCGAGCUCGCCAACUACGGAGAGUACUCUGGAGCACCCAGCACGGAGGAGACAUUCACCUACGCCAAAACCAUCCUGUCCCUGAUGUGUCGCUACAAGCAUCCUGAGGGCAAGUUCCUCAUCAUUGGAGGAGGCAUUGCCAACUUCACGGACGUGGCGGCCACCUUCACCGGUCUCAUCAAAGCCUUGGACAUGUUUGCAGACCAGAUCAAGGAACACAAGAUUCAGAUCUGGUGCAGACGAGCGGGGCCGAACUACUUGGAGGGCUUGAAGAAGCUGAAGAUUGCCAGCCAAAAGCUCGGCCUGGGCGUGAAGGUCUAUGGCCCUGAGACGCACAUCACUGCGGUGAUUCCCAUGGCUCUGGGCCUCCAACAGACUCUGCCAGAGCCGGACCUGAACGCCGGCCCGGCGCCCCCGCCGAAGCGGAAGCCGAUUCAGGUGAAGGCCAAGGCGAAACCGAAGCAACAGCCAUCCAACGGUCACAAGCACACCAUUGUCACUGCAACUCCCCAGACGAGGGCCAUCGUCUACGGCCUGCAAAACCGUGCAGUGCAGGGGAUGCUGGACUUCGACCACAUGUGCAAGCGGAAGACUCCUUCGGUUUGCGCCAUGGUCUUCCCCUUCAGCGGCAACCACUACCUCAAGUUCUACUGGGGCACAGAGGAGAUCUUGCUGCCUGUGUACACGACAACCAAAGAGGCAUGCCAGAAGCACCCCGAGGCAAUCACGUUCAUCAACUUUGCAUCAUUCCGAUCGGUCUAUGAGACCACCAUGGAUGCUAUGCUCUACCCACAGAUCAAGACCGUUGCAAUCAUCGCAGAGGGCGUGCCCGAGCAGCAGACACGCCUGCUCAUCAAGGAAGCUGAGAAGAAGGACAUUGGCAUGAUUGGACCUGCGACAGUGGGAGGAAUCAAGCCAGGAUGCAUUCGCAUUGGAAACACAGGCGGCAUGCUGGACAACGUGGUGAUGUCCAGACUUUACCGUCCUGGAUCUGUUGCGUACGUCUCCAAGUCCGGCGGCAUGUCAAACGAACUUAACAACAUCAUCGCCCGCAACUCCAACGGCGUCUACGAGGGAGUUGCCAUUGGUGGCGACAGGUAUCCUGGCAGCCGCUUCAUCGACCACCUCCUGCGCUACCAGGACGAUCCUGGUGCCAAGAUCCUCAUGCUGCUGGGCGAGGUCGGAGGGCAGGACGAGUACGCCGUGAUCGACGCGGUGAAGUCGGGGCGGAUCAACAAACCCAUCAUUGCGUGGUGCGUCGGCACUUGCGCCUCCUGCUUCUCCACAGAGGUGCAGUUCGGCCACGCUGGUGCACAGGCCAGAGGCAAGACGGAGACUGCUAUGGCGAAGAACGCAGCUAUGAAGGAAGCCGGCAUCAUCGUGCCGGACUCUUUCGACAAGCUGCCGGAGACCCUCGACCAGCUGUACACGAAGAUGGUGGAGGGCGGCGACAUCGUGGAGGAGCCAGAAGGCGAGACGCCACAGGUGCCGGUGGACUACACCUGGGCAAAGAAGCUGGGCAUGGUGAGGAAGCCGGCGAACUUCAUCUCCUCCAUCUCCGAUGACCGGGGGGAGGAGCUCCAGUACUGCGGGGUCAGCAUCUCGGAGGUCUUCUCCCAAAGCGUGGGCGUCGGCGGUGUGGUGUCCCUGCUGUGGUUCCGAAGGCAGUUGCCGCCUGCAUGCUGCAAGUUCAUCGAGAUGGUGUUGAUGGUUACUGCUGAUCAUGGUCCGGCUGUCAGCGGAGCGCACAACACCAUUGUGACGGCGCGUGCGGGCAAGGACUUGGUGUCCGCACUAUGCAGUGGCUUGCUCACCAUCGGGCCACGCUUUGGUGGAGCUUUGGAUGACGCGGCAAAGAUGUUUGCAGAGGCGCAUGACAGCGGCGUCUCCCCAAAGGACUUUGUAGACCAGUGCAAGAAGCAGAACAAGCUGAUCAUGGGCGUCGGUCACCGCAUCAAGUCUCUGGCCAAUCCGGACCAGAGAGUGGAGAUCAUCAAGCAGUACGCCAAGAAGUGUUUCAAAGAUAACAGCAUUCUGGACUUUGCGCUGGGGGUGGAGCAGAUCACGACCAAGAAGCGCGCCAACCUUAUCCUGAAUGUGGACGGCUGCAUCGCCGUGUGCUUCACAGACAUGCUGAGAUCCUGUGGCGCGUUCUCGCGUGAGGAGGCAGAGGACCUGAUGAGCUUCGGGUGCCUCAACGGGCUCUUCGUGCUGGGCCGCUCCCUGGGCUUCAUCGGCCAUCACUUGGAUCAGCUGAGGCUGAAGCAGCCGCUUUACAGACACCCUUGGGACGACAUCACCUACAUCUCCCAGUUGGCCUGAGCGCCCACCUUUUUUGAAUCGGAGAAAUUCGGCUGCAUCCAACGACCGCCGCUGCACCUUGGGCGAGCCACUUGCUCCGCCAUUUGUCC